GCUAGAGCUGGCUGAGCCGCGGCGCGGGACUGCUCACCUCCGGAGCGCUCGCGCGGGGAUCGCGUCUCCGGCUCACUUUGCGGCCCGCUGUCCUCCUGCCCGCCUCGAGGGUCCCCGGCCGGAGCGCAGAGGGAGGGGGCCGCGCUCGCCAGCACCCCGCCGCCCUCCCCCGCUUGGGGGAAGAAUGUGCCACCAGCUGUUCUCCGCUCGCGAGCGCUGCGCCCAGUAGUGAGGAACUUGGAGGAAGAAGAGACAAAGGCUGCUGUCGGGACGGGCGAGUUAGAGACUUGGGUUUGGGCGAACAAAAGGUGAGAAGGACAAGAAGGGACGGGGCAAUGGCAGCAGGGGAGCCCCGCGGGCGCGCGUUCCCAAGAGUGGCGCCGUGACACGCAUGGUUUCCCCGGACCCGCGGCGGCGCUGACUUCCGUGAGCCGGAGCGGCACUCGGUAAAUCCGGGACUGCGCUGGAACAAUGGAUAACUUCUUCACCGAGGGAACACGGGUCUGGCUGAGAGAAAAUGGCCAGCAUUUUCCAAGUACUGUAAAUUCCUGUGCAGAAGGCGUCGUCGUCUUCCGGACAGACUAUGGUCAGGUAUUCACUUACAAGCAGAGCACAAUUACCCACCAGAAGGUGACUGCCAUGCACCCCACGAACGAGGAGGGCGUGGAUGACAUGGCGUCCUUGACAGAGCUCCACGGCGGCUCCAUCAUGUAUAACUUAUUCCAGCGGUAUAAGAGAAAUCAAAUAUAUGACAUUCUAGAUGCCAGAACAAAGGUUGCAUCCUGCCGGCUGGCAGGGCGGUCGAGAGCAAUGGAGGAAGGAACGGCUGUGUGCAACUCAGUGAGCUUGAAUGGACUCAUGAAAGCUGUCGGGGACAACUUCAACCGUGCGUUUUGGGGAAGCGUCACUUGGCCACAGGGUGGUGGAGGAGAAAGGAGGGGCUUCCAGUCAGGAGGGAAUGUACUUUCUAUUUCUGAAAAGACAUUAAACCGACCAGCUUAUUUAUUCUUGUGGAAUUUGAAAUCCAACAUGAGGAAACCGGUACCUGGCCCCGCCUUGUGUUCGGGGGCUGCAUGUGUCCACGGUCUUAAACUGCAUGACAUCAUCAUGGCCAUUUGUGGAGCGAGACAUCAAGAUUUGUUUCCAGAAGGGCAGGACAAGUGUCGCUCCGGGAGACAAGAAGCCAUCCUUUCCCCCCUGGCCCACACGAAGUGGGGUUUUGUUGGAGCUCAUCCAGUGGCCUGGGUUAAGAAGUGGACCGCAUCCCUGUCUCACCCUGUCUCUGCAGACCUCAUCGCUCCCAUCCUGGCCCUCUGUGAACCCCUACAGCCCAUUCGCGGGCUACCCCGCUGCGCUGUGGAAGCGCGCCACGACAACCAGUGCAUCCUCAUCAGUGGUGAAAGUGGGGCAGGUAAAACGGAAAGCACUAAAUUGAUCCUCAAGUUUCUGUCAGUCAUCAGUCAACAGUCUUUGGAACUGUCCUUAAAGGAGAAGACAUCCUGUGUUGAACGAGCCAUUCUUGAAAGCAGCCCCAUCAUGGAAGCUUUCGGCAAUGCGAAGACCGUGUACAACAACAACUCUAGUCGCUUUGGGAAGUUUGUUCAGCUGAACAUCUGUCAGAAAGGAAAUAUUCAGGGCGGGAGAAUUGUAGAUUGUAUCCUCUUUCAUUUAUUUUUUAUCUAUAGUAUUAGAAACUGUUCUCACUAAUUAUAAGGAUUGAAAAAGAAUGUGAAACAAGAAUUUUAUUUAUCUACGCCGGAAAACUACCACUACUUGAAUCAAUCUGGAUGUGUAGAAGACAAGACAAUCAGUGACCAGGAAUCCUUUAGGGAAGUUAUUACGGCAAUGGACGUGAUGCAGUUCAGCAAGGAGGAAGUUCGGGAAGUGUCGAGGCUGCUUGCUGGUAUACUGCAUCUUGGGAACAUAGAAUUUAUCACUGCUGGUGGGGCGCAGGUUUCCUUCAAAACAGCUUUGGGCAGAUCUGCAGAGUUACUUGGGCUGGACCCAACACAGCUCACAGAUGCUCUGACCCAGAGAUCAAUGUUCCUCAGGGGAGAAGAGAUCCUCACGCCUCUCAAUGUUCAACAGGCAGUAGACAGCAGGGACUCCCUGGCCAUGGCUCUGUAUGCAUGCUGCUUUGAGUGGGUGAUCAAAAAGAUCAACAGCAGGAUCAAAGGCAAAGAGGACUUCAAGUCUAUUGGCAUCCUCGACAUCUUUGGAUUUGAAAACUUUGAGGUUAAUCACUUUGAACAGUUCAAUAUAAACUAUGCAAAUGAGAAACUUCAGGAAUACUUCAACAAGCAUAUUUUUUCUUUAGAACAACUAGAAUAUAGCCGGGAAGGAUUAGUGUGGGAAGAUAUUGACUGGAUAGACAAUGGAGAAUGCCUGGACUUGAUUGAGAAGAAACUUGGCCUCCUAGCCCUUAUCAAUGAAGAAAGCCAUUUUCCUCAAGCCACAGACAGCACCUUACUGGAGAAGCUACACAGUCAGCAUGCUAAUAACCACUUUUAUGUGAAGCCCAGAGUUGCGGUUAACAAUUUUGGAGUGAAGCACUAUGCUGGAGAGGUGCAAUAUGAUGUUCGAGGUAUCUUGGAGAAGAACAGAGAUACAUUUCGAGAUGACCUUCUCAAUUUGCUAAGAGAAAGCCGAUUUGACUUUAUCUACGAUCUUUUUGAACAUGUUUCAAGCCGCAACAACCAGGAUACCUUGAAAUGUGGAAGCAAACAUCGGCGGCCUACAGUCAGCUCCCAGUUCAAGGACUCACUGCAUUCCUUAAUGGCAACGCUAAGCUCCUCUAAUCCUUUCUUUGUUCGCUGUAUCAAGCCAAACAUGCAGAAGAUGCCAGACCAGUUUGACCAGGCAGUUGUGCUGAACCAGCUGCGGUACUCAGGGAUGCUGGAGACUGUGAGAAUCCGCAAAGCUGGGUAUGCGGUCCGAAGACCCUUUCAGGACUUUUACAAAAGGUAUAAAGUGCUGAUGAGGAAUCUGGCUCUGCCUGAGGACAUCCGAGGGAAGUGCACGAGCCUGCUGCAGCUCUAUGAUGCCUCCAACAGCGAGUGGCAGCUGGGGAAGACGAAGGUCUUUCUUCGAGAAUCCUUGGAACAGAAACUGGAGAAACGGAGGGAGGAGGAAGUGAGCCAUGCGGCCAUGGUGAUUCGGGCCCAUGUCUUGGGCUUCUUGGCACGAAAACAAUACAGAAAGGUCCUGUAUUGUGUGGUGAUAAUACAGAAGAAUUACAGAGCAUUCCUUCUGAGGAGGAGAUUUUUGCACCUGAAAAAGGCAGCCAUAGUUUUCCAGAAGCAACUCAGAGGUCAGAUUGCUCGUCGAGUUUACAGACAAUUGCUGGCAGAGAAAAGGGAGCAAGAAGAAAAGAAGAAACAGGAAGAGGAAGAAAAGAAGAAACGGGAGGAAGAGGAAAGAGAAAGAGAGAGACAGCGAAGAGAAGCCGAGCUCCGCGCCCAGCAGGAAGAAGAAACGAGGAAGCAGCAAGAACUCGAAGCCUUGCAGAAGAGCCAGAAGGAAGCUGAACUGACCCGUGAACUGGAGAAACAGAAGGAAAACAAGCAGGUGGAAGAGAUCCUCCGUCUGGAGAAAGAAAUCGAGGACCUGCAGCGCAUGAAGGAGCAGCAGGAGCUGUCGCUGACCGAGGCCUCCCUGCAGAAGCUGCAGCAGCGGCGGGACCAGGAGCUCCGCAGGCUGGAGGAGGAAGCGUGCAGGGCGGCCCAGGAGUUCCUCGAGUCCCUCAAUUUCGACGAGAUCGACGAGUGUGUCCGGAAUAUCGAGCGGUCCUUGUCUGUGGGAAGCGAAUUUUCCAGCGAGCUGGCCGAGAGCGCAUGCGAGGAGAAGCCCAACUUCAACUUCAGCCAGCCCUACCCAGAGGAGGAGGUCGACGAGGGCUUCGAAGCGGACGACGACGCCUUCAAGGACUCCCCCAACCCCAGUGAGCACGGCCACUCAGACCAGCGAACGAGUGGCAUCCGGACCAGCGACGACUCUUCGGAGGAGGACCCCUACAUGAACGACACAGUGGUGCCCACCAGCCCCAGCGCGGACAGCACAGUGCUGCUCACCCCGUCAGUGCAGGACUCCGGGAGCCUGCACAACUCCUCCAGCGGCGAGUCCACCUACUGCAUGCCCCAGAAUGCCGGGGACCUCCCCUCCCCAGACGGCGACUACGACUACGACCAGGAUGACUAUGAGGAUGGUGCCAUCACUUCCGGCAGCAGCGUGACCUUCUCCAACUCCUACGGCAGCCAGUGGUCCCCCGACUACCGCUGCUCUAUGGGGACCUACAACAGCUCGGGUGCCUACCGGUUCAGCUCUGAGGGGGCACAGUCCUCAUUUGAAGACAGUGAAGAGGACUUUGACUCCAGGUUUGAUACAGACGAUGAGCUGUCGUACCGGCGUGAUUCUGUGUACAGCUGUGUCACUCUGCCAUAUUUCCACAGCUUUCUGUACAUGAAAGGUGGCCUGAUGAACUCUUGGAAACGCCGCUGGUGUGUCCUCAAGGAUGAAACCUUCUUGUGGUUCCGCUCCAAGCAGGAGGCCCUCAAGCAAGGCUGGCUCCACAAAAAAGGCGGGGGCUCCUCCACACUGUCCAGGAGAAAUUGGAAGAAGCGCUGGUUUGUCCUCCGCCAGUCCAAGCUGAUGUACUUUGAAAACGACAGCGAAGAGAAGCUCAAGGGCACCGUCGAAGUGCGAACGGCGAAAGAGAUCAUAGAUAACACCACCAAGGAGAAUGGGAUCGACAUCAUUAUGGCCGAUAGGACUUUCCACCUGAUUGCAGAGUCCCCAGAAGAUGCCAGCCAGUGGUUCAGCGUGCUGAGUCAGGUCCAUGCGUCCACAGACCAGGAGAUCCAGGAGAUGCAUGAUGAGCAGGCAAACCCACAGAAUGCUGUGGGCACCUUGGAUGUGGGGCUGAUUGAUUCUGUGUGUGCCUCUGACAGCCCUGAUAGACCCAACUCGUUUGUCAUCAUCACGGCCAACCGGGUGCUGCACUGCAACGCCGACACGCCGGAGGAGAUGCACCACUGGAUAACCCUGCUGCAGCGGUCCAAAGGGGACACCAGAGUGGAGGGCCAGGAAUUCAUCGUGAGAGGAUGGUUGCACAAAGAGGUGAAGAACAGUCCAAAGAUGUCUUCACUGAAACUGAAGAAACGGUGGUUUGUACUCACCCACAAUUCCCUGGAUUACUACAAGAGCUCAGAGAAGAAUGCGCUGAAACUGGGGACCCUGGUCCUCAACAGCCUCUGCUCUGUCGUCCCCCCAGAUGAGAAGAUAUUCAAAGAGACAGGCUACUGGAACGUCACCGUGUAUGGGCGCAAGCACUGUUACCGGCUCUACACCAAGCUGCUCAAUGAGGCCACCCGGUGGUCCAGUGCCAUUCAAAACGUGACCGACACCAAGGCCCCGAUCGACACCCCCACCCAGCAGCUGAUUCAAGACAUCAAGGAGAACUGCCUGAACUCGGAUGUGGUGGAACAGAUUUACAAGCGGAACCCGAUCCUUCGAUACACCCAUCACCCCUUGCACUCUCCACUCCUGCCCCUUCCGUACGGGGACAUAAAUCUCAACUUGCUUAAAGACAAAGGCUAUACCACCCUUCAGGAUGAGGCUAUCAAGAUAUUCAAUUCCCUGCAGCAACUGGAGUCCAUGUCUGACCCGAUUCCAAUAAUCCAGGGCAUCCUACAGACAGGGCAUGACCUGCGGCCGGACGAGCUGUACUGCCAGCUCAUCAAACAGACCAACAAAGUGCCCCACCCCGGCAGUGUGGGCAACCUGUACAGCUGGCAGAUCCUGACAUGCCUGAGCUGCACCUUCCUGCCGAGUCGAGGGAUUCUCAAGUAUCUCAAGUUCCAUCUGAAAAGGAUACGGGAACAGUUUCCAGGAACCGAGAUGGAAAAAUACGCUCUCUUCACUUACGAAUCUCUUAAGAAAACCAAAUGCCGAGAGUUUGUGCCUUCCCGAGAUGAAAUAGAAGCUCUGAUCCACAGGCAGGAAAUGACAUCCACGGUCUAUUGCCAUGGUGGAGGCUCCUGCAAGAUCACCAUCAACUCCCACACCACCGCUGGGGAGGUGGUGGAGAAGCUGAUCCGAGGCCUCGCCAUGGAGGACAGCAGGAACAUGUUUGCUUUGUUUGAAUACAACGGCCACGUCGACAAAGCCAUUGAAAGUCGAACCGUUGUGGCUGAUGUCUUAGCAAAGUUUGAAAAGCUGGCUGCCACGUCCGAGGUGGGGGACCUGCCAUGGAAAUUCUACUUCAAACUUUACUGCUUCCUGGACACAGACAACGUGCCGAAAGACAGUGUGGAAUUUGCGUUUAUGUUUGAACAGGCCCACGAGGCGGUUAUCCAUGGCCACCAUCCAGCCCCAGAAGAAAACCUCCAGGUUCUUGCCGCCCUGCGACUCCAGUAUCUGCAGGGGGAUUAUACUCUGCACGCUGCCAUCCCACCUCUCGAAGAGGUUUAUUCCCUGCAGAGACUCAAGGCCCGCAUCAGCCAGUCAACCAAAACCUUCACCCCUUGUGAGCGGCUGGAGAAGAGGCGGACGAGCUUCCUGGAGGGGACCCUGAGGCGGAGCUUCCGGACAGGGUCCGUGGUCCGCCAGAAGGUCGAGGAGGAGCAGAUGCUGGACAUGUGGAUUAAGGAAGAGGUCUCCUCUGCUCGAGCCAGUAUCAUUGACAAGUGGAAGAAAUUUCAGGGACUGAACCAGGAACAGGCCAUGGCCAAGUACAUGGCCUUGAUCAAGGAGUGGCCUGGCUAUGGCUCGACGCUGUUUGACGUGGAGUGCAAGGAAGGUGGCUUCCCUCAGGAACUCUGGUUGGGUGUCAGUGCGGAUGCCGUCUCCGUCUACAAGCGUGGGGAGGGGAGACCACUGGAAGUCUUCCAGUAUGAACACAUCCUCUCUUUUGGGGCACCCCUGGCGAAUACGUACAAGAUCGUGGUCGAUGAGAGGGAGCUGCUCUUUGAAACCAGUGAGGUGGUGGAUGUGGCCAAGCUCAUGAAAGCCUACAUCAGCAUGAUCGUGAAGAAGCGCUACAGCACGACACGCUCCGCCAGCAGCCAGGGCAGCUCCAGGUGAAGGCGGGACGGAGCCCACCUGUCUUUGCUACCUGAACGCACCACCCUCUGGCCUCGGCUGGCUCCAGUGUGCCAUGCCCAGCCGAAACACAGGGCUGCCCAGGCUUUCUGGAAGCUUCUGGUUGGAGGGAGGUGUCUCUGAGGAUCCUUUUGCCUGCCGACUUCAAUGAUCCUGUAUUAAGCUGUCAACUUUAACAGUCUGCACAGUUUCCAAAGCUUUACUACUCUUAGAGGACACAUGCCUUAAAAAAGGAGGGGAGGAACCAUGCUGCCACCAAAGCAGCCGGAAGUGCCUUAACUUGUGGAACCAACACUAAUCGACCCUAACUGUGCUACUGAAGGGAACUGCCUUCCCCCCUCUUCUCGGGGAGACUUACAGAGCGUGGAAGGGGGGCAUUCUCUGUCAAUGAUGCGCUAACCUCCCAACCUGAUUUCCCCGAAUCUGAGGGAAGGUGAGGGAGUAGGGAGGGGAUAGAGAGCCCGAGGGGACUGUGUGUGUGAGCUGGAGUGCUGCGGGCAGCCUUUCUCAUGGAAUGACAUGAUCAACGUUUUUCUUUGUUUCAUCUUUUAAGUGUACGUGCUUGCCUGUUCAUGCAUGUGUUCAUAAACUCAACACUUUAAUCAUGGUUUCAUGAGCAUUAAAAAGCAAAGGGAAAAAGGAUGUGCAAUGGUGUACACAGUCUGUCUGUAUAUUUUUAAUAGUGCAGAGCUAUAGUCUCAAUUGUUACUUUAUAAGGUGGUUUUAUUAACAAACCGGAAUCCUGGAUUUUCCUGUCUUUGCUGUAUUUUGAAAAACACGUGUUGACUCCAUUUUGUUUUACAUGUAGCAAAGUCUGCAUCUGUGUCUGCUGUAUUAUAAACAGAUACGCAGCCUACAAGAUAACUGUAUUUAUAAACUACUCUUCAACAGCUGGCUCCAGUGCUGGUUUUAGAACAAGAAUGAAGUCAUUUCGGAGUCUUUCAUGUCUAAAAGAUUUAAGUUAAAGUGUUACUUUGAAGGUUAAAUUGUAUCCCUCUGGAUCGAUUACAGGUACAACCAUGUUGACUAUGGGGUAGAGACGCUGCAUUCCAGAAAUGUCUUAACAUUUGAGUGAACCUUUAAAGGACCCUGACAUUAAAUGCUGAGGCUUUAGUAAAAUACACACGUAUUUUAUCCCAAGUUUAUAAUGGUGGUCUGACCAAGGCACCUGUAAAUAAAUCAGCAUUUAUGACCAGAAGAAAAAUAAUCUGGUCUUGGACUUCUAUUUUUAUAUGGAAAAGUUUUAAAGACUUGGGCCAGCUAGGUCUACCCACACAAGAAAUUUGCCUUGUCCCGUUGUGCACAACCCUGCAAAACUGUUGGCUCACAGGUCUGACAAUAAAAGAUACUAGCUAACA